AUAACGACUCCUCAUGAUCAUAUAAAUUGUUGAUCAAAACACAAUUUCUUUUACAACAAAAGCUGCCACACAAUAUCAGAUUACAACAUUGAUCCCAAAUAGCCCACAACAAUCAAGAUUCAAUCUUUUCACUCAAAUUCUCAACCUUUUUGUCAAAAUUCAUCAUGAUCUUCAAUUUAAAGCAACCCCAUUUAACAAUCACCGGACUCAGUUCCAAAAUCACUGAUCACCGUAUCAAUUCCGCAUCAAGAUUCUUGGUUUUACCGCCUCUUUCAAACCCCAAAAUCAAGAAAAUCUCCGCCGUCACAAAUUCAAAACCUUUGCAUGUUGUUUCUUUGAUUCAAUCUUGUGGGUCAUUAAAAAGAUUUGAACUUGAUGAUCGGAGGGUUGUUUGUAAGGCGUAUGAAGCUGAUAGAUCUGAUGGGGUUGAGAAAAUUGAAGUUGAAGCAGCAAAGAGGGUGAAAAUUGGGGGUUAUUUUGCAACAUGGUGGUUUUUGAAUGUGAUUUUUAAUAUUUAUAAUAAAAAGGUUUUGAAUGCUUUUCCAUACCCUUGGUUGACUUCAACUUUGUCUCUUGCUGCUGGAUCAGCCAUUAUGUUGAUCUCUUGGGCUACUAAAGUUGCUGAAACACCCAAUACUGAUCUUCAGUUCUGGAAAUCUUUGUUUCCUGUUGCAUUGGCACAUACAAUUGGUCAUGUAGCAGCAACUGUAAGCAUGUCUAAGGUUGCAGUUUCUUUCACUCACAUAAUCAAAAGCGGUGAACCUGCUUUUAGCGUUUUGGUUUCAAGGUUUAUUUUAGGCGAAACAUUCCCAACGUCGGUUUACUUGUCUCUUUUACCGAUCAUCGGUGGUUGUGGUCUUGCCGCCCUUACCGAGCUCAACUUCAACAUGAUCGGUUUUAUGGGGGCUAUGAUAUCCAAUUUGGCGUUUGUGUUUAGGAACAUAUUUUCUAAAAGAGGCAUGAAGGGAAAGUCCGUUAGUGGAAUGAACUAUUACGCUUGUUUAUCGUUGCUAUCGCUUUUGAUCCUUACGCCAUUCGCAAUUGCCGUUGAAGGCCCAAAAGUAUGGGCUGCUGGAUGGCAAAACGCCGUCUCUGAAAUUGGGCCCCAUUUCAUCUGGUGGGUGGCGGCCCAAAGUAUCUUUUAUCACUUAUACAAUCAAGUUUCAUACAUGUCACUUGAUGAAAUAUCUCCAUUGACAUUUAGCAUUGGAAAUACGAUGAAACGAAUAUCGGUUAUCGUUUCAUCGAUCAUCAUCUUCCAUACACCUGUCCAGCCAAUCAAUGCUCUUGGAGCUGCAAUUGCUAUUUUUGGAACUUUCUUGUAUUCCCAGGCGAAGCAGUGAAGAACGGAGAACAAAGAUUCAAGAAUUGCGAGGUUGCAGCGUUGACGUUGAUGCGUUUACAUCCAUGAUUGCGGAGCACGAAGGUGAAAUCGCAGCUUGUAGAUAAUAAGAAUGGAUGGGUUUUAAUUACUAAGAUGUAAAGGAUUAGACUUUGUUCAGUAUUAAUUUUUCAAUAAUGACAAAUUCUGCUUAGCCUUCAUACAA